CCGGAACUUGGGGAACUUGGGCGGGGCGGGAGGCUUGCUGAGCUCUGGGGCCGCGGGGUCUGGAGAGUCCGAGCCGCGUUCGAGCCGAUCUGCCGCCAUGGGGCAGAUCGAGUGGGCCAUGUGGGCCAACGAGCAGGCGCUGGCGUCCGGCCUGAUCCUUAUCACCGGGGGCAUUGUGGCCACAGCCGGGCAGUUCACCCAGUGGUACCUGGGCGCCUACUCCAUAGCAGCGGGUGUAUUGGUCUGCCUGCUGGAGUACCCUCGAGGGAAGAGGACCAAGGGCUCCACCAUGGAGAGGUGUGGACAGAAGUAUCUGACCAGAGUGGUGAAGCUGUUUGGGCCCCUCACCAGGAACUACUACAUCCGGGCCUUCCUGCACCUCGGGCUGGCGGUACCUGCUGGCUUCCUGCUCGCCACCAUCCUGGGGACAGCCUGCUUGGCCAUCGCAAGUGGCAUCUAUCUGCUGGCGGCCAUCCGUGGGGAGCAGUGGAGCCCCAUCGAGCCCAAGCCCAAGGAGCGGCCGCAGAUUGGGGGCACCAUCAAGCAACCGCCCAGCAACCCUCCACCCCGGCCCCCGGCUGAAGCCCGCAAGAAGCCGAGUGAGGAGGCGGCGGGGAUCCCCACGGGUGGCCCCCAGGAAAACCCCAUGCCGGUGAACGACGAGGUCGUGUGACCAGAACUUCAAGCCACUCUGGCCCGCUGAAGCUUUGAAGGCCCUUCCUCCUGUAGGCAGGCCAGUGGGUGGGUGGGGGUGUGUGGCGCCCAGCCAGGGGUGCCCCCUUUCCUGCAGCCUCUUUGGGGUUCCUUGACAGCAGGGCUGGGGUCUCGGUGCCUCACCUGUUCCAUGAAUCAUGUACCUGGAA